AUGUUAAUAUCUGAAAAUUUGACAGUCAUUUUGCUGUUGCUGGAAAGGUUCCUCACUCAUAAUUACCAACAUGCUUUGGCUCUGGCAUUUGCUGUAAAGGAGAUCAAUGAACACUCCUCAAUUUUACCCAAUGUUACCCUUGGUUUCCACAUUGCUACUGACUAUCUUGAGGAAAUUACAACUUAUCAUUUAGCAAUGGAAUUUCUAUCUACAAAAGAUAAAUUUACCCCCAACUACAAAUGUAAUGACCAAACCAAUAUUAUAGCGGUCAUUGGAGGACCCCGUACUAAGACCUGCCUCAAUAUGGCAAUCACUCUGUGCAACUACAAAUUUCCUCAGAUCACAUAUGGAUCUGCUCCACUGAUGAAUAAGGAAACAGCAGGACUUUUUAUCAAAUGGAUGUUCCCAGAUGAAAUGCACCAGCUUAAAGGAAUACUGCACUUACUGCUGCAUUUUAGAUGGACCUGGGUUGGCUUGAUUUCUCUAUAUGAGGAAGAUAAAGAGAGGUUCAUUCAAAAGAGGCUUUCUAUGUUUUCAGAGAGAGGAAUCUGCUUUGACUUUAUAGAAAAUAUCCCCCAAGUAAUGUAUGGUAAUGAAGCUGUUGAGAUGGUGGAGAAGGCAGAUAAAUUAUACAAAGUCAUCAUGGGGAGUACAGCCAUUGCAGUGAUCUUAAAUGCUGAAAUUACAGGUGUGGUGACUUUGAGAGUUAUUAUCUAUGGUUUAGAUUCUGAUGAUAUUCCAAAAGAGAGAAAAGCCAAAGUUUGGAUUAUGACAGCCCAGGUGGAGUUCACCUCCAUUCUUUUGCAAAGAAAGUUACCUCUUGGUUUUCUCCAUGGUGCACUUUCCUUUGCAAUUCACUCAAAGGAACUGAUAGGUUUCCAACAUUUUAUGCAGAAGCAAAGCCCAAACAUAGAAAAUGAAGAUGGCUUUAUUAGGGAUUUCUGGAAAGAUGCAUUUGAAUGCUCAUUCACCAGUGAUAUUAAAGAUGGGAAUGCUGAUAAGAUCUGCACUGGAGAAGAGAAGCUGGAGUCUCUUCCUCAAUCUGUGUUUGAAAUGAGCAUGACUGGACACAGCUACAGCAUCUAUAAUGCAGUGUAUGCUGUGGCACAUGCUUUCACAGCCAUGUGUGCCUCCAACUUCAAAAAUAGUAGAAUAAUUGACGAGAACAGAUGGAAUCUGUUCUUUCAAUCACCAUGGCAGACAUUGCCUCUUUCCAUCUGCAAUGAGAAGUGUCAUCUUGGCCAUAGCAAGAUAAAAGUGGAAGGGAAGUUAUCUUGCUGCUAUGAAUGUCAACGGUGUCCAGAAGGGAAGAUAGCUGACCAAAUGGACUUAGAUUAUUGUUUCCCAUGUCCAGAAGAUCAAUAUCCAAACAAAAUUCAGGAUUGUUGUCUUCGAAAAAACAUGACUUACUUGACUUAUCAAGAACCUUUGGGGAUUUCUUUGGUAGCCAUAGCAGUCUCCUUAUCUUUCAUCUCGGUUUUAGUACUGGGGAUCUUCAUUAAACACCAGGACACUCCCAUUGUCAAAGCCAACAACCAGAACCUCACUUACACUCUUCUCAUUGCUCUUCUGCUCUCCUUCCUUUGCACUUUUCUCUUCAUUGGAAAACCUAACAAAGUGAAAUGUCUCAUGCAACAAACUGCUUUUGGCAUAAUUUUUUCUGUGGCUCUCUCUUGUAUAUUGGGGAAAACAACCAUUGUUAUUCUUGCUUUCAUGGCUACUAAGCCAGGCUCCAAAAUGAGGAAAUGGAUGGGGAAAAGGAUGGCUCUUUCUAUUGUCCUACCUUGCUCCCUGGUACAAUUCACCAUUUGUAUAGGGUGGCUGGCAAUUUUCCCCCCAUUUCCAGAUUCAGACACACACUCCAUGGCUAAAGAAAUUGUCCUGCAAUGUAAUGAAGGUUCAACCACAAUGUUUUAUACUGUCCUUGGCUUCAUGGGGUUCUUGACUGCUGUCAGUUUCACGGUGGCCUUUCUAGCUAGGAAUUUACCUGACACCUUCAAUGAAGCCAAAUUUAUCACUUUCAGCAUGUUGGUCUUUUGCAGUGUCUGGGUGUCAUUUGUUCCAACUUAUUUGAGCACCAAGGGGAAAUACUUGGUGGCUGUGGAGAUCUUCUCCAUUUUGGCUUCAGCUGCUGGAUUACUGGGUUGCAUCUUUUCCCCAAAAUGCUAUAUCAUUAUAUUGAAACCAGAUCUUAAUAAGAAAAAGCAACUAAAAAAGACAUAA